UCAGAGGCCUCCUCUCAGAUUGUUGUGGACUUCCACCUGACUAGGGUGGGUCUCUCUGUGUCUGCUGUACCGGGCACUACAGACUUGCUGACCUGGAAGCUUCUGGGCAGUUCUCUUAACGUCUGCUUCCCAUUUUAGGGUAAGAGUUUGGGGAUUACAGAUGUUUGCUACCACUUGCAACUUGAUGGCACGCCUUUAAUUCCAGCAGUUGGGAGGCAGAGGCAGGCGGAACUCCAUGAAUUGCUUCAGGACUCCAACAAGCGACUCUUGGGUGUAUCCCACUGUCAUACUCUGCUUAUUUGGAUUUUUCUCCAUGUUCAGGCCUGCCGAACCAUUCCUAAUCCCAUUUUUGUCUGAACCCAGUAAGAAUCUAACUCAAGCAGAGAUGACAAACGAGGUCCUUCCUGUUUGGACAUACUCCUACCUGGCGAUGCUGCCCCCUGUGUUCAUCCUCACAGAUUACCUGCGCUACAAACCAGUCAUCAUAUUACACAUCAUGGCCUUCAUCAUUUGCUACCUGCUUCUUUUGUUUGGCCAGGGUGUGAUACUCAUGCAGGUGGCUGAGUUCUUUUUUGGGGUUGUCUCAGCCACGGAGAUAGGCUAUUAUUCCUACAUAUAUAGCAUGGUCAGCCCAGAACACUACCAGAAAGUGAGCAGCUACUGUCGGAGUGUCACUCUGGUGGCCUACACAGUAGGCUCGGUGCUGGGCCAGCUCCUGGUAUCCCUGGCAAGCCUACCAUACUCUUUCCUCUUUUACACAACCUUGGCCUGUGUCUCUGUGGCUUUCUUUUUCUCACUUUUUUUACCGAUGCCUAAGAAGAGCAUGUUUUUCCAUACAACGUAUGACAGAGAAGCUCGUCCAAAGCCACCGGGACAAGAUACUGUCCUUGAGGGAACUCAGAAGAACCACAAGACAGCUCACCCAGAAUUGCCUGCUACUUCAGGGACUCCAGAGGACAGUGAGCUGAGCAACUCCGAGACAGAAAACGUGGCUUUGAGAGUCUUUGUGCAUUGGUUCCAAGACCUGAAGGAGUGCUACUCCUCCAAGCACCUUUUUUACUGGUCCCUGUGGUGGGCUUUUGCUACAUCGGGUUAUAAUCAAGUCUUGAACUAUGUUCAAGUCUUAUGGGAACACAAGGCACCCUCCCAAGACUCUUCUAUCUAUAAUGGAGCAGUAGAGGCUGCUGCAACAUUUGGAGGAGCUUUGGCUGCUUUCUCAGUUGGCUACGUGAAGGUCAACUGGGAUCUCCUAGGAGAACUGGGUCUGGCCAUCUUCUCAGCUGUCAUCGCUGGCGCUCUGUUUCUCAUGAAUUACACGCUCAGCAUCUGGGUGUGCUAUGCUGGCUAUUUACUGGUCAAGUCGAGCUAUAUGUUUCUUAUAACCAUAGCAGUGUUUCAGAUUGCCGUUAACCUGAGCGUAGAACGUUAUGCCCUGGUGUUUGGCAUAGACACUUUCAUUGCCUUGGUGAUUCAGACCAUCAUGACUGUGAUUGUGGCAGAUCAAAGAGGGCUCCACUUGCCAGUCACCACUCAGUUUCUAGUUUACGGAAGUUACUUUGCUGUCAUUGCUGUGGUCUUCCUAAUGAGAAGCACAUACAUUAUCUACUCAGCCAAAUGCCAAAAGGAAGUAGAGAGCCUUUCUGCCUCUGAGAGUCCCAAUGAGCCACAUCCACAACAGCCAAGAGAUGUGUCGACAAAGUUCUAAUACCAUGAAAGGGUAGGAUUUUGAGAUGGGCAACCAGAAGUGCUUUGCCACACCCAGAUAAUCUGCCAGUAUGGAUUCCAAAACCACAAGCAAACUUCAGCCUGAGACUAGAUGUCUUUCUGCCCAGUUAAUUGCAGGUACUCAUAUUGACCAUCACAGCUGUAUUAGGUACCUUUGUGAUGCUAUGACAUCCCUCCAUUAUGAGAGGGAAGGCAUGAGUGUGGGAGAAAGAGACUACUGGACACACUGCAUCUGCAGUCAGAAAGCACAGCACAAUGAAAGCUAGUAUUCAGAUCACUUUCUCCUUUUUAUUCACCCCAGCCAGGGGGAUGGUGCCACCCACAUUCAGGGUGAGUCUUCUCACCUCAGUUAACCUAAUACAGAUAAUCUCUCACAGAUAUUCGAAGAAGCUUGCAUCUUCAGUGACUGUAGACCGUAUCAAGUUGACAGUAUUAAGUGUCAGUAUUAGCAGCUGAACAACCCUUGUUUGGAACCCCCAUGAAUAACUAUAACUUGGAAAACCUAGUUCUGAUGAGUUCUAAGAACAAGCAAAGGGCAUGGAAACAAUCCAUGAAGAAACGUAAGCUUCUUAAAGAUGGCGAACCCUGAGUGAGCACACACACCAACAGGACUGACCUGUAAUUGGCUUCCAUACUUCGUGAUCUAAAAAGGAGGCACCUGGGGCAGUUUUCUUCCUCUUCCACUAAGUAUGUGUCUAUUUCAACUUACAGCUCUCUGAAAGAAUGACUGGGUCUGUUCCCAUUUCGGAGAAUUCCUCUUCAACUCUGAAAAUAUCAGCGUUUUUUUCACAAGUUGUUACCAGACAGUCUUGCUGCUGUCAUUUUGUUCAUCUUGUGAUUUCUUCUGGACUUUGUGUUGGAACUCUGCCCCAGAGAUCACUUGAGAUGCUCCUGCAUGUGCUUGGAAUGCCCCCCCAACAUCAGUUCCCAACAGCCCAGGAGAGAUGAUAAGCCUUCUGCUCAUCACCAUGACCCUAGAUAACUAUUUGAUUGAUGAGUGUAAAUCACUUCUGAAGGAAAUUCCAGAGUUUUCCAGUCAUUUUUUAUACAUAAGAAAACACUUGCAGAAAUUAAAUACUAAUUGUUUAACUUA